GACCCGGUGCGGGGGCGGGGAGAGCGCGCCCCGCCCCGCCCCCCACGCAUGCGCGCGGCUCCCGGCGCUGAAAUUCAAAUUUGAACGGCUGCAGCCGGAGCCCGAGUCCCACACCGGAGGCUGCCGGGGACAGGAGCGCAGGCUGGGGAGAGUGGUCCCGGCCCCGGACUCCUGGUUUUCUCCAAGCGCCACCCCGAACCGGGACUCACUUCUUUCCUUUUCCUGAAUUUGAACCACCGUCUCCAUCGUCUCGCAAGCGACACGCGAAGCCCGGGACGAUGGACCCGUUUACGGAGAAACUACUUGAACGAACCCGUGCCAGGCGAGAAAAUCUCCAGAGAAAGAUGGCCGAGAGGCCCACAGCAGCACCGAGGACUGUGCCUCUCGCCAAGCGCACCAGAGAGCCGCUUGCAGAAGCCAGUAACCAGCAGCCCCCGUCCGGGGGGGAAGAGAAAUCUUGUACAAAACCAUCGCCAUCAAAAAAACGCUGUUCUGACAACACUGAAGUUUCUAACUUGGAAAACGCACAACCGGUUGAGUCAGCUUCUGCCAAACCUUGUUCUCCAAGUCCUGUGUCCCCUCAGGCGCAGCCUCAGGCACCGGCUCCGGCCAGUGAUUCCCUGCCCGCCACCCGGGCACCGCGGCUGGGCCAGCAGAGCGCGCCCGGCGCCAGGCCUGAGGCCUCUGCCGCCUCCUCCGUUAAAACACGGAUGCAGAAGCUGGCAGCCCAGCGGCGCCACUGGGAUAAUGACGAGGUGACAGAUGAUACCCCUGAAAGCUCCCUCAUCCCAGCAAUGCCCAUGGAGGACAAGGCCGUCUCCCCUCCCAAACCAGCAGAAGCCUCAGCAACUCCCGUUGGGAGGAGGGGCCGUCUGGCCAACCUUGCGGCCACUAUUUGCUCCUGGGAAGAUGAUGUCAGCCACUCAUCCGCAAAGCAGAACAGGGCCCCAGGACAGCCUGGUACCACUUGUUUACCCGAAGCUUCCGCGGCGAGCGGAGCAUCUGCUGGCAUCAAUGGCAGCAGUGUUGCGCAGGAAGCCGCAUGCUGCUCCCCGCGGGGUGGCAAUGCCUCUCUGAGGGAAGCGCCGGCCCCGAGAGCAGCCGCCUCCUUGCCUAAGGAAGCCGUUUCCAGCUCUGCGAAAGCUGCUGCUUCCCCUGUGAAAGCUUCUAUAUCUCUCACCAAUGCUAACAAUUGUGAGGUACGAAAACCUGAGCGACUUCAAAAACCUCCUGCUAGUCCUUUGAAAACUGAGGUAUCAAAACCAAUCGGGAAGUCAGCCGAAUCCCAGACAGUUCGGCCCAAAGAAGAAGUAAAUAGAGAACCUUGUCUGCAGUCUCACUCUAAAGACAAAUCUACAACAGGAGCGGGAGUCAAGCCGUUUCUGGAGCGCUUCGGAGAGCGCUGUCAAGAACGCAGCAAAGACAGCCCCGCGCGGAGCACGCCCCACAGGACCCCUGUGGUCACUCCGAACACCAAGGCCAUCCAGGAAAGACUGUUAAAGCAAAACACAUCUUCAUCUACUACCCACGUAGCACAGCGGCUCAAGCAGGAACGUGAAAAAGAACUAGCAUGUCUUCGUGGCCGAUUUGACAAGGGCAACUUAUGGAGUGCAGAAAAAGGCGAAAACUCGAGAAGCAAACAACUAGAAACCAAAGAGGAAAUUCACUCUCAGAACACUCCCCUCAGAAAACAUCAAGUUGUUUCAAAUACCCCGUCAGGUCCAGUAAGAGAAAAGGAAAAGGCGGAAAAGGCAGCAGGAAAGCAGACUCCAGCGCAGCCCCCUAGCCCAGAGCCCGCAGGUUCCACUGAAUGUGAAAUGACGAAGUCUAGCCCUUUGAAAAUAACAUUGUUUUUAGAAGAGGAAAAGCCUUUAAAAAUAACAUCAGACCCAAAGGUUGAGCAGCAGACAGAAGUGGUACGUGAAAUCGAGAUGAGCGUGGACGACGAGGAUGACAUCAAUAGUUCGAAAGUGAUUAACGACAUCUUCAGUGAUGUCCUGCAGGCAGGCGAGCUAGAUGCGGCCAGGAGCCCAGAGCAGCCGGGCCAGGCGGGAGCCGAGAGCGGGGAGGACCAGGAGGAUGCGCUGAAUAUCUCCUCCAUGUCGCUGCUCACUCCGCUGGCACAGACAGUCGGCGUGAUAAGUCCAGAGAGUUUCGCUUCCUCGCCUAGAUUGGAACUGAAGGGCAGUAGCACACAUGAUGAGAGUCCAAAACCAGGAAAGUUCCAGAGAACCCGUGUCCCUCGGGCUGAAUCUGGGGAUAGCAUUGGUUCUGAGGAUCGUGACCUUCUGUACAGCAUCGAUGCGUACAGAUCUCAGAGAGUCAAAGAAACAGACCGUCCUUCAAUUAAGCAGAUUGUUCGGAAGGAAGAUGCUACUUCAAAAUUGGAGGGGAAAAAGAAUGCUGAAGAAAAGAGCGUCUUUCCUUGUCAGGUUAACGUCAAGCAGAAAAUGCAGGAACUCAACAACGAAAUCAACCUGCAGCAGACGGUGAUCUACCAGGCCAGCCAGGCCCUGAACUGCUGUGUGGACGAGGAGCACGGGAAGGGGUCGCUGGAAGAGGCGGAGGCGGAACGGCUGCUUCUGAUCGCAACUGAGAAGAGAACACUUUUGAUUGAUGAGCUGAAUAAGCUGAAGAGUGAAGGACCUCAGAGGAAGAAUAAGGCUGGUCUCCCCUCCCAAAGUGAAUUUGUCCCAUCCAAAGGGUCAGUCACUUUGUCAGAAAUCCGUUUGCCUCUCAAGGCAGAUUUUGUCUGCAGCACAGCUCAGAAACCAGAUGCAGCAACUUACUCCUUCCUGCUCAUCCUGAAGGCGGGCGCCGAGAACAUGGUGGCCACCCCGCUGGCAAGCACCGCCACUUCUCUGAACGGCGAUGCCCUGCCCUUCUCCACCACGUACACUCUGGAAGAUGUGUCCAAUGACUUUGAAAUCAGUAUUGAAGUUUACAGCUUGGUGCAAAAGAAAGAUCCCUCAAUGCCAGAUAAGAAGAAAAAGUCAUACAAAUCCAAGGCUAUCACUCCAAAGCGACUUCUCACAUCUAAAACUACAAAAGGCACCCUUCAUUCCUCAGUGAUGGCCAGCCCGGGCGGGCUCCAUGCUGUGCGUACCAGCAACUUCAUCCUUGUGGGAUCGUACACACUGUCCUUGUCUUCAGUAGGAAACACCAAGUUCCCCCUGGACAAGAUAAAUUAUGAUGUAAAAGAGCGAGAGCUACUGGGCUAUUUGUUCCAGGAAAAGGUGCCCUUUUUAUCUCCUUUGGAAGGUCAUAUUUAUUUAAAAAUAAAAUGUCAAGUGAAUUCAAGUGUUGAAGAAAAAGGUUUUCUAACCAUAUUUGAAGAUGUGAGUGGGUUUGGUGCCUGGCAUCGAAGAUGGUGUAUUCUGUCUGGAAACUGUAUCUCUUACUGGACGUACCCCGAUGACGAGAAACGGAAGAAUCCCAUAGGCAGGAUAAAUCUGGCCAAUUGUACCAGUCGUCAGAUAGAACCAGCCAACAGAGAAUUUUGCGCAAGACGUAACACUUUUGAAUUAAUUACUGUCCGACCACAAAGAGAAGAUGACCGAGAGACGCUUGUCAGCCAGUGCAGGGACACACUCUGUGUCACCAAGCACUGGCUGUCCGCAGACACCAAGGAGGAGCGGGACCUCUGGAUGCAGAAGCUCAAUCAGGUCCUUGUGGACAUCCGCCUCUGGCAGCCGGAGGCCUGCUACAAGCCACUCGGGAAGCCCUGAGCGGGCUGUUCCCGUGCCGUGUCUCAGGAGCCACCCAUAUGGUGAGUGCGUUUUCUGCUUUAAAAACGAAAGGGGAUGUGCCAAUAUUCACUACAUAUUAUGCAGUAUUUAUGUCUUUUGUAUGUAAAAACCUCAAUGACUGAUUUGUCAUUCAUAAAUGCCUAGAGGAAAUUCAUUAUAAUUGAUUUUGCUAAAUCUUAAUCUAAAAGCCUAAUUUCCUGCGAACCUGAUUAUUCAGUUAUUCAUGAUAAAACGUGUGUUUGUUUUUAAGUAAGAAAUUGUAAGUUGUCUUCUUGGAGUUGUGGGUCUCAGCACAGGGGUCUUCGGGAGUCAGUCCCUCUUUACCCAAAUUCGUGUGCUGUAAGCGGUGGGCCUGUAUUGGCUGUGUCUUGUAACUGUCGCACUGAAAACAUUUCUAAGGGACUUCACAGAAACGCUUUUAGUAACGAAGGCAAGGACUUUUUCAAGGAGCAAAUGGACAUUCGUUUAAAGCUGAGGCUUCUUCGAACAGGAGAUGCGGACUUAGGGAUAUUGUGUGAGAUUUGGGGUAAGAUGUUUUACUUAGAAAACUUAAUAAUCACAUGGUUUACAUUUGCUGUUACUGAAGAUGCUGCAUGGUACACAUUUUUGUAAAAUGUAGGCUUUCAAAAGUAAUUGUUUUUGCUAUAUAGCUAACAGACUCCUCAAAUAUACUGGGCAUGCUAGUUUCUCUCUGCUCCUGUAACAAGAACAAAUGUACAUUGAAGACUUUUUAUAUAAGAAAGUAAACUUCACAAGCUGCUGUGGACUAAUACUUGGCUUGCCAAAGCUCUUGACUUUUUUACUUUUCAAGUCAUAUAUGACAGUGUCUAGAAAUCCGUUAUGAAAUAUGUUGAAAAACUAUUAAUUAUUUCUUUAAAAGCCUAACACUUUAUUUUUGUGUUAUAUUGUAAAGCAUUGUCUCAAACUUUUAAGUACACUUUGAGUUUCUUCUCUAAAUUGUUAUUGAUGUUCUCAUUUGUAAACACUAAAUUCUGUCACCUCCUGUCAUUUUAUCUUAUAUUCAUUUGAGUGUGUUCUUAUGUGUAUUAUAAAAUGUUUUAUGAUCGCUUACCUAAAUAAAUACUUGCAAAUGGCUUA